CCCUUGGUUCUAUAUUUGAACCGAGAGCUAUUUGGCUGUGAUAUAUGGAGGGUUUUGAGGGGCUCGUUGUGAACUCGCCAACGCAACAUAAAUCGGGUGCUAGAGAUCUGUUCUCAAUUCUGACAGGCUUUGUUGUGAGCGCUGUUGUGAUUGGCGUUGUUGUGCCUCGCUUCCUGCCCAGUAUGCCGUUCUUGGGAAAGAAAAGCAAGCAAAGAGGAGUUCCUGUGGAAGUUGGUGGGGAGGAAGGUUACGCAAUACGCAAUGCUCAAGCAUCUGAGUUAAUCGAGUCUCCUCAUAGAGAUGCCACAACCGUCGCAGCCUUGUUUGAGCAAACUUGUAACAAGCAUUCGCAGAAUCGAUUUCUUGGAACUAGGAAGUUUAUUGGAAGGGAGUUUGUCAAAGCUGGUGAUGGCAGCAAAUUAGAGAAACUUCACUUGGGAGAUUAUGAAUGGCAGACUUAUGGACAAGCCUUUGUUCGUGCUUGCAACUUUGCAUCGGGGCUUAUCAAACUAGGUCAUGAGGUGGAUACCCGUGCUGCAAUUUUUGGUGACACCCGGGCGGAGUGGUUUAUAGCCUUUCAGGGAUGCUUCCGCCAGAAUAUUACUGUUGUUACUAUUUAUUCUUCCCUAGGUGAGGAUGCCCUGAUUCACUCGCUUAAUGAGACUGAAGUAUCAACAUUGAUCUGUGAUUCCAAGCAGCUGACAAAGAUGACUUCCAUAAGCUCAAGCCUAAAUACCAUUAAAAAUGUUAUUUAUUUUGAAGAUGAAGGAAUUUCAGAUGCUAAUGAAUGUGGAAGUUACAGCAAUUGGACAGUUACAUCCUUUUCUGAAGUUGAGAAGCUUGGACAAAAAAACCCUGCUCAUCCAAGAUUACCUUCUAAGAAUGACAUUGCUGCUAUCAUGUACACGAGUGGCAGUACAGGUCUACCAAAGGGAGUCGUUAUAACUCAUGGCAAUGUCGUAGCCUCUACUGCAGCUAUUACGAUAGUGCUUCCAAGACUGUACAGCACUGAUGUAUACAUUGCAUACUUGCCCUUAGCUCAUGUUUUCGAACUGGUCGCUGAGUCUGUGGUGAUGGCUGCAGGUUGUCAAAUUGGUUAUGGUUCAGCAUUGACUUUAACAGACACUUCAAGUAAAAUUAAGAAAGGAACCAAGGGAGAUGUUUCUGUGUUAAAACCGACUCUCAUGGCAACAGUUCCUGCUAUUAUAGAUCGUAUUCGAGAUGCAGUUCAUAAUAAGGUUGAGGAGAAAGGGGGCAUAGCAAAGAAUCUUUUCAAUAUUGGGUUUAAACGGCGACUGGCUGCUGUAGAAGGAAGCUGGUUUGGUGCUUGGGGUCUGGAAAGAAUGUUUUGGGAUAAUAUUGUUUUCAAAAACAUACGUCAAGUAUUCGGAGGGCGCAUUCGGUACAGCAUCUGUAGUGGAGCUCCUCUAUCAACUGAUUCACAACGAUUCAUCAAUAUCUGCAUGGGUGCUCCAGUCGGCCAAGCAUAUGGCAUUACAGAAACAUUUGCUGCAGUUACAGUGUCCGAGAAAGAUGACACUACAGUGGGACGUGUUGGCCCGCCCCUGCAAUCUUGCUACAUUAAGCUUGUUUCUUGGAAAGAUGGUGGAUACUUGACAUCUGACAAGCCAAUGCCUCGCGGCGAGAUUGUAGUUGGCGGACCCUCUGUAACUGCUGGCUACUUUAAAAAUCAAGAGAAGACUGAUGAGGUUUACAAGGUAGACGAAAAAGGCAUGCGUUGGUUUUAUACUGGUGACAUUGGAAGGUUUCAUCCUGAUGGAUGCCUUGAAAUUAUAGAUAGGAAGAAGGAUAUUGUUAAACUCCAGCAUGGAGAGUACAUCUCCCUCGGAAAGAUUGAGGCAGCAUUGAUAAGCAGUAAUUAUGUGGAAAAAAUUAUGGCAUUUGCAGAUCCCUACCACAGUUACUGCAUAGCUCUAGUUGUCCCUCUGCGUCAAGAACUCGAGAAGUGGGCUCAGGAAGCUGGAAUAAAUUACAAUGAUUUUUCAGAGCUGUGUGGAAAAAAUGAAGCAGUUAGUGAGGUUCAGCAAUCCCUCUACAAGGUGGCGAAAGCAGAAAAAUUGGACAAGUAUGAAAUUCCUAGAAAGAUUUAUUUGGCACCUGAUCCAUGGACACCCGAAUCCGGAUUGGUUACUGCUGCUCUCAAGAUCAGGAGGGAACAGAUCAAGUCCAAGUUCAAAAGUGAGAUCGAGAAGUUGUAUGCGUGAGAGAUUAGCUCGUGGCUUUUCCUACUUCUGCUGUUAUGAACGUGAUAUUAAGUUAUCUGUUAGUUUAAUUUCUUUCCCACUAAAGGUGCAUGCAAAAGGGUGCAUGUUGAGAUUAUCUAUGUGAAUAGUACA